GUCUCAACUUACGACGUUAGAGUGACCUUGAGACAUUUUUGUUCAUUAGCCAAUCAGAAAGCAGGUAUUAUGGAUGGAUUGUUUACAAUAGAAAACAAGUAGAAUUAGAAUGUAUGUAUGGUUUUUACUAAUGUAGUACAUUUAUGAAGGCUGAUAAGGGAUUUUUGUUUUCAAACUUGAGGUUUGGUUUCGAAAUUCGUCUAUAUCGCUCCAGAUCAUUUAGCCUCGCGGAAAUUCCCAAUCUCCCAAGUUUGGGGAAAUAUUGGGGAAUUUCCCCAGGUCUGAGGAAAUUCCGGGGUCUUAGUGCCAUUUCCCUGAAGUUUACUAUAGCGGCUUCCCCAAACUCGGUCAAAUUUUCCCUAAAAUUGGGAGCUCGGGUUUAUUCCGGCAUAUAUUUAUCUGUAUGAAGGUGUAGUUACUGGUAACCCCACCACAUUUUUAACGGCCAUUUAAUUAGCUUCUAUAGUUCUUUUCUCGGUCUUAGGUAGUGGUAUUUUCUACAUGACUUCUGAACACGCAAAUCCGCAGUAUAUACUGUUCACAAUAUUGUAAGCAAACCGUGAAGUAUAAUUUAUUAUGAUGGGACGAUUCACUGUAGGGCUUUCAAAAGACCUAAGUGGAUCCACUCACACCAGUCUGCUUAGAUUUUCUGGUUACUGGGCUAACUAUGAGUCACUGACUUUCAGUCAGUGAUGCUAUAUGUCCCAGCUCGCUUAAAGUGGUUCUUUUCAUCGAAAACCUUUGUUUAGUGAGUACUUUGUUAUUCUGUCUUUGAAAUUAACAAGUAGCACUCCUGUGAUCUUUGAAUCACCUCAGUUUGCUCCUACACAUUAAGCUUGCUAGUAGGUUGAAGACCGCAGUUUAGCUAAAUGUUAGUCGGGUUACUGUCGUUUAUUUGUGAAACCUAAUCUCUCAUCUGGGCAUUUGAUGACUAUGUAUUAUGAUUGUUACCUUCGAAGAAUUGCCUUUAUUCGUUAUGAACGCCGCGUAUUUCAUGCUAACAUUCUGCAGCAUGUUUGGUCGCGAUUUGCUCUAAAGUCCUACAAACGGUGCUAUCUCAUGGCAUUGGGGUUAGUGGCUAGUACACUUCCGAAUUAUGUUUUUGCCAUGGGUUUUUAUACCUCCCACUUAUUUGGAAAAGGAAGUACUAAAUGUAGACCCAUAGCAAUAACAAUGUCAAAGUUCAUUUGCCUUGGUGUGGGUGCAGGUGCAUCCACUCUUUGUGUUCUCCUAAAUUCUAAUCUUCUGAAUUCUUCAUGUCCCUUUCUUUUUUCUCCUUCCAAAUUUAUUUCAUUGGAUUAUACUCCUUGAAUAACAUCUUCAAACCCUAAUUUUUCUAAUUACAGCUUAUAACUUUACUACAUCUAGCACUACGGGAUUUGAAUCGACCACUGCAUCUCUGUGCUAAUGUGGUGUGGCAACUCGAACUGAUGUACGUACGUACGAAGUUCUACGUUGUUACUGACUGACUGACUGAAGUUUCUCCUCUGAUCACUCUUGGUCUUUUCAUGUUUUGUUGUUGUCGAAGAAAGUUUUCCGUCUGACUUAUAUAAAAAUAUGGUACAUGCUUUUGGCAUUACUCGACACUUACGAUUUGUAAAGUUUUGCGUGUUACCUAUUAUUCUUUACUGUCCUCCUUAUUCUUUCCCGGGGUUGUAAGAAGAGAUUUCGCUGUAUUGCGGAGAGUGGUGAGUACAGUUAGCAAGGUGUAUGGUGAAUCUUUUAAGGUCAUUAUUGGUGUGGUUGUGGAUAGGCAUAUAAAAUCUUGCAAACUCCUGAUACUAACCAUCCACUUCAUUCCUAUCUCUCUCCUUAUAUAUCUUCCCGUAGAACGGGGUACCAACAUGUUAAAAUUGAUGCACGUAAGCAAAGGUAUAGAAGCUCUACAAUACCUUAUCUAGCGAACAUACUAUGUGACGAACAGUUUGUAAGGGCUAAUCUAGUCAAUAAUUUAUAUUCUUAAACAUGUUUCUAAAUAAAAGUUGUGCAGAUCCUAAUCUUAAAAAACAUUUCAUUUAAUUCCAGGCAGUUUAUUUACGUAAUAUAUAUUAUAUAUAGUAAUCGUUUUCUGUUUUAUAAAAGGAACCUGUUGAAAUACUUUGUGCUGAGGAUUCUAUAUCAUACUAAACAUGUAAUAUUAAGUGGAGUCACAAUAGUAACAAUAUUAUUAUUAAUAAUAGUAAUAAUAAACGUGGACAAAGCAAAGGCUUAUGGCCGUCAUAGAAAGUGCUAUAAGUAUGUAUUGUAAUACCCGUUGAUGCACCAUAACGCUGUCGAGUCCUAGAAAACAUUCACCUUGGUGCCUUAAAAUAACUCAGGGUCAAAACCAGUUUCUAUUUUUGCUGUAAUCUGCUUUGAUCUACCAACUAGAAAAUGCACUUUCCGAAUCUAUGAGACUCAUUGUAGUUUUACUCAUAAUUGAUCCAUAUUUUUCAGUAAGUUCUAUUUUUCAUCAUACCGUUUCCUCUCCUACUGUUUCAUAUUGCUGUCAUUUCGUUUCGUAUGACAUUUCUAUGUGUCGUUAAACCAAACACUUCUAUGUGUACAUUAAUGCCGGUGAUAAUAAAUACCCAAUUAAGGAAUCUACUUUGCUUCGUGAACCUUCGGCCUAAGAAGUUAUCAGUGUUCAUCCUGGGUUUAAAGAUCAUCAUGAAGAUUUUAGACUAUUGUAGCGAAACCUGUUUUUAGUCUCAUUAAAUCCUGUUCAAGUAACAUGUUAUUGAGUGGGGCAAAUUUAUUUGUAUUGAAUAAAAUAGCGUUUGAUUUUAUCUUUUAAUUGAUAUCCUGGAUUCCUUUAAUCGGUCAUUGGAUGAAAAAGUAUGAUACAUAUGAAAUGACUAAUCUUUUGAAUUGUGUAUCUUGUCUCAGUUUGUGUUCUUAAGUAAAUUUAGUCAUUUAAAUGGCACACUCCUGAUUAUUUAACAAGAUCAAUCACAAAAUAUAUUGUAGUCUUCAUUAACCAAUGAAAAAUAUGGUUUUUCACAAGUAAACCUCAAUGUAGAUUUCUUAGAACUCAAAACUUUGUUCAGUUCUAGGAUUUGCGACGUUUCAUGUUCCUUUUCUUCAUUGAGAAUGGGAUUUUGAUAAACUGUCAAUUGUGAAUAGGUUUUAGUCGUCUCUUCAUAUGUCAAGUUGUUCUACUACAAUCGCCUGAAGCUUGAAAUUUUAUUAGUUUUAUCACCAUACAUAUCUUUAUAGCUGCAUGUCUUUGUAGGGAUGGAUUGUGGCUAGCAGUGAAUUUCAGGAUGCGCGUUUCGUUCUACUUGAGACUCGGCAGGUGGAUGUGUCUGCAUCUCAAAGUUAAUGUACCCCCUUGUACCAAUACUUAUAUGUUCAAAUAAAUAAAUUAUAGCUGCAUGGUGGAUACGGAGGAUCCCACCUGGGGAAGUUGGAAAACCUUGAUUCCAAACCACUGGUGUACAUGGGCUCCAGGAUCCGAGGGAAACAAAUGGCGUAUGAACCUAUUGUUGGUCACCGGCUACCAUGGGAUUGAAUCUCCUUACGUUGCUCCACUACCUUGUGGAUUAGACCUCCAGGUCUAAGGCUCAGGGUGUGGCCCCCUAAGACAACCACCUAUUUCGGUUUGGGCACCCGGAAAGUAUCCCAGCCCUCAAAUAAAUCGAAUGAUUUAUGUGGUGCAUAUCUGUUUGUUGCCUCCUUGUACCAAUAUUUAUGUGUUUAAAUAAUAAAUAAAUAAAGCUGCAUGUCAACUUGUAGAUGAAAUUCGGAGUAGAAUGAUUGUAGUUUUAGCUUUUGGUUUAUGUUAUCGAUCGAAGCUACUGAGUUUUAGGUUGUAUGACAUGCCAGCAUUUAAAGGACACCUUAACAAGUUCUUUCUCUCUUGGGUUCAUAAUUAUCUUCCAUUUGUUAUAUUUAAUUUUGCGAAAUAUCCUAGGUAGUUAUUUAUUUUUAAAUUGAAUAUGAUUAUCUCGUUCAGUGGUGGUUUUUUGAAUAAUCACAAUGCCAUGCAUUUUUUAAUCAUAGAUUCUAGAGGUCCACUCUACACCAGAAGGAAUGAUGGUAAAAGAUAAGAAUCGUCCUAAACCACCGAUGACACCAUAUGCAUGUUUCGUGCAAGUAAUACGUGAGGAACAUCGAAAAAAACAUCCGACAGAAAAUGUUAUUUUCAGUGAAUUUUCUAAGAAAUGUGCAGAAAAGUGGAAGCUCAUGAAUUUGGAACAACGAAAGUGUUUUGAGGAAAUGUCAAAAUUAGAUACGGAGAGAUUCAAUCGGGAAAUGGCUCAUUAUAUACCACCAGUCGGAAUAAAGCGAGGUCGUAGACGGCGACGCAUCAAAGAUCCAAGUAUGCCUAAACGUUCAUGGUCAGCAUUUUUCUUCUUUUGCGAUGCAUUUCGAUCAAAAAUUCGUAGUGAGCACCCCGAUUGGAAGGUUAGUGAUAUUGCCAAGGAGUUAGGUAGACGAUGGGAAGAGUGUUCCGAUAAAGAGAAAUACGAAAGACGCGCACAGAAUGACAAAUUACGUUAUGAACAAGAUAUGGAGAAAUACAAAGCUGGAUUGUAUGUGGCGACCAAACGUGCUCGAGUUGGCGAUCAGACGAAAUCAAACGAGAUACUGCCAUGCCUAAACAAUCAGUCACAUCAUAAGGAAUUAGGUGAGGCAAGUCAAAUUUCAAAUGAUGAAGUAGGACGAGGUGAUGGAGACGAUGAUGAUGGAGAUGAAGAUGAUGUCGAUGAUGAUGAUGAUGAUGACGAUGAAGAAGAAGAGGAAGAGGGUGAUGGAGAAGAACAAGACGAUGAAGAUAAUGAACAACAACAAUCAAACAGAUCUAACACUCAUGAAAUGCCUGUUUGUGGUGAUCACAAAACACCAGAACAAAUUGUCUCCAGUGAUACAAGUAGUUUUAUUAUAAAUACAGGAAAUUAGAAUAUAUUAAUGUCUAUGUAAAUGUUUCUCACUCUCUCUCUUUCUCAUUUCAUAUAUUAUUGAAACAUUGUCAUUGAUUCUUUUGUUGGUCAUGUUUCUUUCUUUUUUACAUAAUGGAGUCAAUAGACCCACCGAUACAAAUGCAUUUAUUCUUUACCAUUGCUGACUCUCCUUUAUUUUAUACUUGAUACAUUUUGUUUUCCUUACUUUUAUAUCGAUAGAUGAUUUUUAAAUUGUGUCCUUUGGAUUGACAAAGAAAACACCUCAAUCGCUAAUAUAUAUAUAUAUAUAUAUAUAUAUAUAUAUAUAUAUAUAUAUAUAUAUAUAUAUAUAUAUAAUACCUCUACUCAUUUCUUACAUCGCUUUGUUUUUUAUGUGUUAAUUUUUAAUUUUGAUUUCACUAUACGGUCGUCAGGUUGAGUGCUAAUGGUACCAGUUAUAAUAACAACUAUAAUGAUCAUUAUUAUCACUAUUUGAGUCUCAUAUUUUCAUUGACUUUGCUUUUUUGCUAGGCAUUUAACUUCCAUCUAAUUAAUAUAUAUAUAUAUAUAUACAAUUGAUUUAUUGUGGUUGCUACGAUAGAUAGUUAUGGAUAUAAUUGAGUUUUCUGUAUCCAGUUAGUUUGAAAUUUAUUGCUUUUGUAGAAUAUAUGAAAAUUGUUAACUUUCACAGUCAAGUACAGCUUUAUAUGUUAAUUAAUGAACUAUAUGUAUGGUGUCAAAGCAAGUAAUAUAUCUGUAGUUCACAAAUUAGUGUUUCUUUUAUUUCUAACUUCUUCAUAGUUUAAUGCCAAGUUGGCGUUUAACAUAAUCAAAUUCUUUC